AUGUGGAAUAUGCCCUCCGUCUUCGACUGCAUUAAGCGGACUCUCCCGCUCUUCAGCGCUGGAUCCGUCAUGGCCCUAGCCAAGCACGUCAACCCGCGCACCAACUCCACCGUCAUUUACGCCGAUCUGGCCCGGACUAUCGAUGGCGGUGACGGCGCUUCCGAGGAGCAGUGCAAAGCGAGCCUUCUGCGUAGCUGCGGUAGUAACAGCGGCCAGCCUGCCGUCAUCGUCGGCCCCGAGGACCCGGCGUACAAGACCCCCGAGUGCAUCGCCGCUAAUAUGAAGCCCGCCAACAUCAUCGUCAAGCUCGUGAGAGACCCCAGCGCCGGCUAA